AUGGCGUACCAAGACAGCGGCCUCCAUGUCCUCUUGACAGGAGCGAACGGCUUUGUAGCGUCGCAUAUACUAUCGAUCUUGCUUGCGCGUGGUUAUGCCGUUACCGCGACCGUGCGCUCAAAGGAGAAAGUAGCGGACAUCUUAAAAACCCACCCCUCGUGGGAGGGCAAAAUAGAAUUCGCAAUUGUUGCAGAUUUCACCUCAGCGAAGCCAUUUGACGAAUUGUUCAUUAAUUCGAAAGCCCCUUUUACCUAUAUAAUCCACACGGCAUCCCCAGUGAACUUCCGAGUUGAAGAUAUUCAGACGGAAAUGAUCGAGCCGGCCGUGAGAGGGGAAGCUAUGAGCAUCGACGCGAUGACCACGGAGAUUCUCAAGAGCGCGCAUCACUACGGUGGCGCAACCCUGAAACGCUUCGUCUUGUUGGGAAGCGCAGUGUCUGUCUUAAAUUCAUUUGAAGAUAUCACGCGGGAGGGCUCGCCCUACACUGAGAAGAACUGGAAUCCGGUCACGGCCGAGGAAGCCAUCGCAAGAAAGGACGCGGUUCUUGGGUACAAUGUCUCGAAGACUCGUGCAGAGUCUGCGGCUUGGGAGUUUAUAAAAUCAGAGUCACCUUGUUUUGAUCUGGCUGUCAUUAAUCCGGAUGUCAUUACUGGACCAAUGAUACAUCCAAUUUCUGGCCCCAAGUCUAUUAACGAGACGAAUCACUUUGCAAUCGCAAGCUUUAUUGACGGAACCCAUUCGCAGGUUGAAGGGGUGACGUUUCCAUUCUACCACUUCGUCGACGUCCGCGAUGUGGCUCGAAGCCAUGUUGAUACUUUAACAAACACUAGCGCCGGAGGCCAGCGGAUCCUUCUUAUCUCAGGCGUUAUAUCACCACAAUUGGUGGUAAAUAUCAUCAGGAAAAAUUUCCCUGCUUUACGGGCCAGGGUUCCCGAAGGAAACCCCUCGCAGACCCUCCCACCAGGUGUGCAUCCAACCGGAUGGGAUACGCGGUUGAGUCUAGAUAUUCUCUCCAAGGGAACAAAGGAGGGAAGCUGGGAGUAUAUUAGUCUGGAGGACAGUGUCACUGAUGCCGUUCGGAGUAUGAUAGAGGCGAAGGUAAUCUAG